AUGCGGGAAAAAUACUUUACGUUCCAAUACUACAUCACUACUGAAAACCUACAGAGAUACACAUUGGCAGGACCAGCUGUGAAGAUGUGGAGCUGGGCUUUCGCUGUUGCUGUCCUGCUGUCCUCCAUCACACUUGCUGACGCUCAGGGCAGGUGUAAUAAUGUGCAGGCAGCAGACAUUGUGUUCCUGAUUGAUGGGUCCUCCAGUAUCGGCCGUGCAAACUUCCUGCAGGUGAAGGGCUUCAUGGCUGGAAUUAUAAAACCUUUUGCCAGCUUUGUCAGCGAGUCGGGGAUCCGGUUUGGGGCCGUGCAAUACAGUGAUACCUCAAGGGUGGAGUUCACCUUUAACACACACCUGACAGGCACUGAUGUCGUCAACGCAGUGCAGAACAUGAACUAUAAAGGUGGAAACACACGCACUGGAGCUGGUCUAAAGUAUGUUUCUGAUAACUUCUUCGACCCAGCCUCCACCCGCGACGUCCCAAAGGUCACCAUUCUGAUCACUGAUGGGAAAUCACAAGACCAAGUGCAGGAACCGGCUCAGAAGCUGCGGAGUCAAGGAGUGAAUGUUUUUGCAGUUGGAGGCCCCGUGAGCGGCUAUGCCAUCCAGUAUGUGCCGCUCUCCGGUCUGGGUCAGCCAAUCAUUGCAGAACUGCGCCAGGAAUCAGUCUCAGCCAGUCAGAGGACUUUCACUGCACAAGAUCUCAGGUCAGGAACAGACUACCUGGUGACUGUCAUUGCCCAGUACCCCAAUAGUGUUGGAGAGUCUGUGUCUGCAAAGCAGCGAACCAGGUCACUACCAGGAGUGUCCAGCCUACGCCUGGUCCAGGCAGGCUACUUCUCCCUCUCUAUCCAAUGGGAUCAGCCUUCAACUCCUGUGCAGGGCUACAGGCUCACCUAUGGGCCACGAGGACAACCAGCGGCCCAGCUGCUGGAGCAGUCUCUGUCUGCAGAUACCUCCUCUGUCACCUUGGAGUCUCUUCAGCCUGACACAGAGUAUGUCAUCAGCUUGUACCCUCUGUUCUCCAGAAAUGGUGCAACCCCGUCUGUCAUCAACUCUCGCACUUUGAGCCUGGAGGCUGUGCAGCAGUUAACAGUGGAGACGGUGUCCAAGGGCAGCAUCCGGGUCAAAUGGAGACGAGUCAGUGGUGCACAAGCGUACCGUUUGGUAUGGGGGCCAUUCACAGGUCGCAGCGUGGAGACUGUGGAGGUUGCUGGUGACAUUGAGCUCUAUACUUUGUCCAGCUUGCAGUCGGAUACUGAGUACAUUGUCACCAUCAUCCCACUGUAUGAGGGCAACACUGAGGGGCCCCGAGCCACAGCCAAAUUCAAGAUAGAACGUCAAGAAGAGCAGGAUCUCAAAGCAGUAAUCACAGGACCCUCCUCAAUCCGCCUCGACUGGAGAGUGAUCCGGUCCGCUCAAGGCUACCGCCUGGAGUGGCAGGCGGGAAAAGGAAGCCCUCUCCAGAGCCUGUCCUUUCCUCAAAGCUCCACCAGCUACGAGCUAACAGGUUUACGACCAAAGACUGAGUACAUCUUCAAGCUGUACACACUGUAUAAAGGCCGCGAAGAAGCCACACCUGUCUCCACUGCAAACAUAGACGAGCAGCCAAUAGGAAGCGUGUCCAACCUGAGAGUGAUGGAGUCACUGGGCAGUACAGUUCGAAUUGGGUGGACAGGCGUAGCGGGGGCCACACAGUACCGGAUUGUUAUCUUAAACACCGAAGAUGGAACAAAGUCGAUCCAAGUUAUUCCUGGAAACCAGACGACCCUUGACCUCAAAGAUCUGACAGUGGGAGUGUCAUACGGCGUCAGUGUCACUGCACUGGUGAGAACGAACGAAGGAGAAACCGUCACCGUCUUCAUCAAACCAGAGCCAGCUGCAGGGAGAGUGACCAAUCUCAGAGUAACAAAUGCAAACAGCCGGAGAAUCCGCGUCGCUUGGCAAGGUGUCACUGGUGCAACAGGAUAUAGAGUUACUUGGAGGCAAGGCAAUAGUGCAGAGGUGUCUCGUCUUCUGGGAGCAGAGUCUAAUUUUUACACAAUAGAUGGCCUGCAGCCGGAUGAGGCUGUGGUAAUCGGUGUUGCCCCUAUCGUUAAUCAGCGUGUUGGCGAAGUCGUCACUGUGUCUUCAAGGACAAAUCCCUCUACUGGAGUGUUGUCUGGGCUUCGUGCCACUGAGGUUUUGUCACAGAGGAUACGCAUUGCAUGGUCAUCUUUUUCUCGAGCUACUGGGUACAAGAUCACUUGGCGCCAUGAAGAUGGAACUGAAACAACACAAACCGUAGCUGCCGAUGUCUCCUCCUACACCAUAGAUGGCCUUCAGCCUAACUCGGCUUACACUGUGCAGGUUUCUGCCCUUAUUGGCUCUCGAGAAGGAAGUCCAGCUAUCCUCAGCGUUAGAACAGAAUCAGAUCAGUCGGUUGUGGGAACUGUGACGUCACUUAAAGUCCAGGAUGCCCGAGGGGAAGUGGUGCGGGUCUCCUGGGUUGGUGUGCAGGGAGCAACAGCUUAUCGCAUCAUUUGGAGGAGAGCCGACGGUGGGGAAGAGCGGAGCCAGCUGGUGGGCCGGGAUGUGAGUUCCAUGGAUCUGGACCAACUCGAUCCUGGGUUUCAGUACGAGAUUCAGGUCAUCGCUUUAGUUGAAAACAGGGAAGGGUUGCCUGUUUCUGUCAGAGUCACCACACCUGGUUAUGUCACCCCACCCUCCACACUACCAACCACAUCUUUACGAGUGACCGAGGUUAACCUGGAUUCUGUGCGGCUGAGCUGGGCUCUCCUUACGGGCGCCACAGGAUAUAUUCUUCACUGGAAAGAGGAGACAGACGUCGGCCGGGGUCUUUCCAUCACGCUGCCUCCGUCGUCCAGCUCGUACCUGGUGACCGGGCUGCGUUUGGGCCGCAGAUACAGAUUCACCAUCCAGCCCACCUUUGCAGGAGGAGUUUCACCUGAGACCUUUGUAGAUGAACGCACCGUGUGUCAGGGUGGCCGUCUUGAUGUGGUGUUUCUUGUGCCUGCGUCCACCGAUCGGUCUGACCUGGUGAGACCUCUGCGGGACAUUGUCACCAGUGCAGCAGGAUCGCUCGCAGCUAUUGGGCCCCGAGACUCACAGGUGGGGGUGGUUGUAUACAGUUUUAGACCCAAAAUCUGGUUCCUGCUCAGUCGUCAUUCAAGAUCUGACACGCUGCUCCAAGAGAUCCAGUCUACACCCUUUGAUGAAAGCCCAGGAAAUAACAUUGGUGAGGCGGUGACGUUCACCCGACAAUACCUGCUGACCCCCUCAGCUGGUCGGAGACCCAGGGUGCCCGGGGCGGUCGUGAUCAUUGCUGACAGAAAAUCUGUGGACAACCUGACCCUCGCAGCCAGCAGUCUGAGAGAUGCAGGUGUGACCGUGCUAGCUGUGGGAAUAGGCCAAGCCGACACGGAGGAGCUGCGGCGGGCUGUGACGGAUCGAAGCCCACAGAACAUCCUGUACGCCGGAAAUGCAGAACGACUCAACUCUGUGCACCCUGAUCUGGCCGACUUGCUUUGUGGGAUUGCCAGAAUCCCAGAGGUCACUCCAGGUACAGAGCAGUGUACCGUACAGUGUCCUCGGGGUGAGAAGGGAGAUCGCGGCGAGACGGGCGAAAGAGGCAGAGAUGGUGCAGAUGGACGCAAGGGCGAGCCUGGUCGUGAUGGUUUGCCAGGGAGGGAAGGCCCCAGAGGUCCUGAAGGACGUCCAGGAACACCAGGACAAUUGAUCCCUAUUGACCCUUCUCAGCGGAUAAAAGGGGAGAAGGGGGAGAGGGGCUUUCCUGGAGUGGAUGGAAAUCCAGGAUUACCAGGAAGACCUGGAGCUCCUGGAAAUGCAGGUGUUCCAGGCUCCCAAGGUCUCCCCGGGGUCAGAGGAAGCCCAGGCGAACCAGGAGGACAAGGCACGCCAGGGACAAAGGGUGAUAAAGGUGAAAGGGGUGAACCGGGUUCCUCUGUGCCCAGUGGGGGUCUUCCAGGGAGGAAGGGAGAGCCAGGCAUCUCAGGAAUACCAGGUAAUCCAGGUCGACCAGGUACCGACGGAGCCAAGGGAGACCCCGGAGUUCCAGGUAAAUCAGGUCAGGACGGUCGCCCUGGAAUCCCAGGAACACCGGGACUUUCCAUUAAGGGAGAUAAGGGCAGCGAAGGAGAGAGGGGACCUCCAGGAGUGGGAAGCGGCGUGGCCAUGAAGGGUGAAAAGGGCUCCCCUGGCUUUCCAGGAACGCCUGGUGGCCCAGGGCCGAGGGGGCCAGCAGGGCCGCAGGGCAGCAGAGGAGAAAAGGGCGAAGACGGUGCUGGCCUACCUGGACCUCCAGGAAAGCAAGGAGAGACCGGGGACAGGGGUCCCCGCGGGCCUGCAGGUGAGAUCGGCGGCAAGGGAGACCGAGGACAGCCGGGUGAGCCUGGGACACGGGGAGACAGGGGGGAGCGAGGGCCUGCUGGGGAGACUGGAGAGAAAGGAGACCCAGGGAAGGCAGGCGUCCCGGGAUCACCAGGCCUGAGAGGUUUACCAGGCCCAAGUGGACCAGCAGGAGAAAAGGGGAAUGAAGGAGCACGAGGGGAGCCGGGCAGAAGCAUGGCAGGUUUACCAGGGAAGAAAGGAGAACAGGGGGAACGAGGUCUGCCUGGAUCAGAAGGCCUGAGGGGGGAAAAGGGGGAGCCAGGGCAAAGAGGAGAGAAAGGUUCUCCAGGUUCUGGAGGGUCAGGUGUUCUUGGACCUAAAGGAGAGCCAGGAGAUCGAGGAUCUGCAGGUCUUAAUGGACGACCAGGAGCCAAGGGAGACCCAGGAGAAGCAGGCGAGAGGGGAGAGAAUGGACGCCCAGGAAUCCCAGGAAAACCCGGCUUGCCUGGAAAACAGGGAGAAAAAGGUGAUAAAGGUGACGAAGGCACACCUGGAGAAUCUGGACUUCCAGGAAAACAAGGAGAAAGAGGUUUGCGGGGACUGCCGGGUCAGCCGGGGCGGCCAGGAGAGAAAGGAGACACGGGAGAUCCGGGAGAGCAGGGGAGAAAUGGCAGCCCUGGACCCGCUGGACCGAGAGGAGAGAAAGGAGAGCUAGGACCUCAAGGGCCUGCAGGGCCACCGGGGAAAGUGGCUGACAUCCAGGGUCAGCUGAAAGGAGAGCGAGGGGAGAAGGGUGACGCCGGUGACCCCGGAGAGCAUGGCAGCAAAGGUCAGAAAGGGGAAGCAGGGACUCCUGGAGCUUCAGGCCUGCGAGGUCCGGAGGGACCCAGGGGGCCGGCAGGGAUAAAAGGUGACACAGGAGAAAGGGGAUCGCCCGGAGAGAAGGGAGACAGAGGAGCAUCUGGCUUAGAUGGGCGUCCUGGUCUGGAUGGUAAACCAGGCUCUCCAGGACCACCCGGAUCCAGGGGUGAUCCUGGGAAGCAAGGCGAUGCUGGAAGAGACGGAUUACCAGGAUUAAGAGGAGAGCAAGGUACCCCUGGUCCUGUUGGUCCUCCAGGAAAUCCAGGAAUACCCGGUAAAGCAGGUGAAGAUGGAAAACCUGGUCCUGUGGGCAAAAUGGGCGAGGAUGGAGUGCCAGGUGAAGACGGGAGAAAGGGUGACAAAGGAGACGCAGGAGCAGCUGGAAGAGAUGGCCGUGAUGGGCAGAAAGGGGACCGUGGUCCUGCUGGGCCCUCUGGCCCCUCUGGACCACAGGGGCCUGUUGGGUUACCUGGGCAGGUUGUAUAUGUAAAAGGUGUUGAGGCUGCACCCAUCCCAGGUCCACAGGGGCCUCCAGGAACGCCGGGUGUGCCUGGAAUUCCAGGAGCGGUGGGAGCCAGAGGUGAGCGAGGUCCUGCUGGUCCUAAAGGAGAUGCUGGAGACCCGGGAGAGGAUGGGGCUCCUGGUAAACCCGGGACAGCAGUGGAUGUACAAAAAGCCCUGUCCGGCCUCGGGAUACCGGUGUCGGAUCUGAAGGUGCUUGUGGAUAUGAAGGACACAGUGGUGUCUACUCCUGCGCAAAAGGGUGACAAAGGAGACAGAGGGGAGCCUGGGUUGAGAGGACCAUCUGGAGCAGAUGGCGCUCGAGGUUUUCAAGGAGAUAGGGGGCCGAAAGGGGAGCAAGGGGAGCGAGGCCCCACAGGACAAAUGGGGCCUCCAGGAAGAGCCACUUUAGAACGAGGACCAGAGGGACCCGCGGGGCCUGCUGGGGAGCCUGGCAAGCCGGGAAUACCGGGCGUUCCAGGGAGAGCAGGGGAACUUGGAGAGACUGGGAGGCCAGGAGAAAAGGGAGAUCGAGGGGAAAAAGGUGAUAAAGGCGACACUGGCCUAAUUGGAUUAACAGGACCAGCUGGCCCUCCAGGUCAAAAGGGAGAUUCGAUUUUGCCUGGUACUCCUGGGCUUCGAGGCCUUCCUGGAGUGAAGGGAGAGCCUGGUGCUGCAGGACCAUUAGGACCCAAAGGAGAGAGAGGUUUUGUGGGACCUAGAGGUGAUAAAGGAGACAGAGGAGAUCCUGGAGAUAAAGGACGCGAAGGUUCAAUGGGUGUGCCAGGGGAACCUGGAAAACCUGGACAGGAUGGGAAACCAGGCUUUCCUGGGUUCCCAGGAGUUCUAGGCAGACCGGGAAACCCAGGAGAGCCUGGCAUAAGGGGACCAACUGGACCCCUGGGUCCUGCUGGCAUCCCUGGUCCACCAGGUGUAAAGGGUAACCAAGGAGAGGCAGGAAUCGGUGUCCAGGGUCCUCCCGGUGCUCAAGGGAGCACAGGUCUGCCUGGACCACCAGGCCCACCAGGAGCUGUCGGUCCACAGGGCCCCCCAGGACUGCCAGGGCAGGUGGGUGAAGCGGGGAAGCCUGGUGUUCCUGGAAGAGACGGGGUUCCUGGUAAAGAAGGAUUUCCUGGGUUACCCGGAAAGCAGGGUAUUGCAGGACCUCCAGGGCUGGCUGGCUUUAAGGGGGAGCAGGGAGACAGUGGUCCUCCUGGGAAGGCUGUGGCCGGACCUGCUGGUCCUAAAGGAGACAGGGGUCCUCCGGGUGUGACGCUGCCCGGUACGACUGGAGAGCGAGGCCUACCUGGAGAGAAGGGCAACAAGGGAGACAAAGGUCCUGCGGGCAUCAAAGGAGAGAGCGGAGUGGCUGGUGAGCAAGGAGAGCAAGGAGAGGAUGGAGCACCAGGAUCUCCAGGGCCUAAAGGAGAUAAGGGAGAGAAAGGUCUUGGACAGCCAGGUCCACUCGGUCGAGUCGGGCCUCCGGGUUUAAAGGGCGAUCCAGGGCUUCCUGGUCCAGCUGGCCCACCGGGCCCCCAGGGGAAGGCUGGAGAUCCUGGACUGCCCGGUGUAAGAGGAGAAAAUGGACAACCAGGGCCUCCUGGACCCCCAGGAGAAAGGGGCCUCCAGGGAUUUGCUGGCCGUGCAGGAAACCCUGGACCUCCUGGUCCUGCUGGGCCUGCAGGGCAGCCAGGCUCUGCUGGUACUAAUGGAGUCAAAGGUGACAAGGGGGAAGUCGGUGUUGGAGUUCCCGGUCCCAGAGGAGAGAGAGGAGAUUCAGGACCCAGAGGGGAGGAGGGCAGAGCUGGCUUGGAUGGGGACAGAGGACCAGCAGGCCCACCAGGGAUUAGAGGUCUUCGAGGAGAAAAGGGAGACGGCGGACUCCCUGGUGAGAAAGGAGAUAAGGGGGACACUGUGCUGGUGGGAGGACCACCUGGAGAAAAGGGCAACAAAGGAGAAACAGGUGACAGAGGAGUCAAAGGUGCUCAAGGAGAAAAAGGGACGAAAGGUCAAGAGGGUCCAACAGGAGAGCAGGGUCAAAGAGGGGAACCUGGAGAGCGAGGAUCCACUGGUUUCCCAGGGGCCAGAGGCCCCGGUGGACAAAAGGGAGAGGCAGGCGAUCCUGGAGUGCCUGGUGAAUCGGGUUUACCUGGGAAAGACGGUCUGGCAGGCCGUAAAGGGGACAAAGGAGAAGUUGGUGUCAGUGGACUGAGAGGAAUCAAGGGCGACCGUGGACCCAAGGGGGCUUGUGGAGCUGAUGGACCCAAAGGAGAAAAGGGGGAUUCAGGCAUUCAUGGACGAUCAGGCUUGCCAGGAAGAAAAGGUGAACAGGGGGACAUUGGACCUGCUGGGGCGCCUGGCACUCCUGGGAAAGAAGGACUAGUUGGUCCCAAGGGUGACAGAGGUUUUGACGGGGCUGCUGGACCUAAAGGAACUCAAGGAGAGAAAGGUGAAAGGGGACCGUCUGGUAUUCCUGGGCCUCCUGGUCCCAGAGGGGCCGACGGGCCCCCCGGCUUGACUGGCCCACAAGGACAGGCUGGUGCUAAAGGCCCUGAAGGACUCCAAGGACAGAAGGGUGAGAGAGGUCCAAUUGGUCCUGCCAUGGUGGGCCCUCGGGGGAUCCCAGGAAUCCCAGGCGAGCGAGGAGAGCCGGGAGACAUGGGACCAGAUGGAGCCAAGGGAGACAGAGGAGAGCCAGGCAUGACGGAGGAUGAGAUCAGAGAGUACGUUCGCACUGAGAUGAAACAGCACUGUGCGUGUGGAGGUUCAGGCCCUGACACUCGGUCCCAGCCCACACUCAGGGCUCGACCUACAACAGAGCAAGAACUGGUACUGAAUGGUGAGAAGGGCCGGGAGCUGCGUGUGGUGGUAAACACCAAUGACCCCGAAUACGAGCACAUCUACUCCAUCGAGGCCCUGGAUGACCCCAUGGAUGACAUGCUCUACUUCUCCACAGAGUCUGCCAAUCUCACUGAAGGCGAGGAUUUUAAAACAAAAGCUGCCAAAGCCGAUUCAAGCAAAUCAAGCAGCACCGCUGGCUCUCACAAAACAGCUGCCGGUCAGAAACAAGUGGAAGUUCCACCUCUGGCCGCAGACAAGUCCAGAUCAGACAGGCCAAAGAGGGCUGUGCAAGAGGAAGGCCUGACAGACCUCUGUCUGCUGCCCAUGGACGAGGGCAGCUGUCAGCAGUACACUCUGCGUUGGUAUUUUAACAACCAGGUUCGAGCCUGCAGGCCUUUCAUCUACAGCGGCUGCAAAGGAAACGACAACCGCUUCCUUCACCUGGAGGAGUGUGAGCAGGCCUGCCUCCGGGAGACCAAAGAUCCUCAACCCUUACAGACGACACGGUGAUUGUGGCUACCUUCUCCUCCGCCACGAGAAUGUUUUUAAAGCUCAUUAUAUUUCAGAUGUCAGUAGUUUUUGUUUAUUUAUUGCCUCUUUACACCCGGUGGGACUUAACACUGUUUUCAAAGGGCCAAGUUACUUCCAAGUGGAUAUUUAGCGAAAUGGAAUCAUUUUUCAGUGUAAUAACAAAUCCUUAUUUAUCAUUCUGACACCAAAAAUUUGUCUUUGUCAAUUUUUAAGACUUCACCGCUGCAGAGCUAGUUCUCUUGAUUAAACAUUACUGCCGCUUUAAGGUACUUUGGGACCAUCAGUUCACGUCCUUCACUGGCAGUAAGAAUAAUGGGUGCAAAUUAAGCAAAGGCAAGAGCACAAAACUCAGUGUAGCGAUUCACAAGCCAAAGUUUUACAAGUAAUUUAAGUUAGUUGAUUUUCUUUUUUCCACCCCAUGUCUUUAUUAUCUUCUAAUUCACAUUUGGACCAGUGAAUUCUGGUCUUUGUGGCCCUGACACUGUUUCACUUUUUUACCUUUCAAAAGUAUUCACACCCCUUGAACAUUUUGCACAUUUUUGUCAUGUUUAAGCCAAAAUCUUUUAAUAUAUUUUGCUAGGAUUUUAUGUAAUGAAUGAACACAAAAUAGUACAUAAUUGUAAAAUGGAAAGAUUAUGAGGCAUGGUUUUAAAGUUUUAUUUAUUUUUUUUUCUAAAUUAAAAUUUUAAAAAUACUGCAUGCAGACUUGGUCUACUCUAGUUCAAUCCCAGCUGUGUGUGUUUUGGGGUAUGCCUCUGCCAGUUUUGCUAGGUGGAUUUUUCUCCUCAUCCUUGUUUCUAAAUUAGCUCAAGCUCAGCCAAAGUGGAUGUAGAGCAUCCAGUGUUUUUUUAAAUCUGGCCAUUGGAUUUGACUCUAUCAAAUAGAGAUGUUCUUGCUCUAUAUGUAGGAGGUUUUGUCUGUUGCAUCAACCUUUGCCCCAAUUUACAGCCUUUUACAGCCUCUAAAAGCUCAAUUAUCCCGUAUUCAUCUCCUUACACUCUGACCAGAGUCUCUGUCGCUGCAGAAGAAAAUUAUCCUCACAUUGUUUUAGGCAUACGGCCACCAGUUUUUCACAAGCAAUCCUAUGAGUAGCAACUUUCUUUUUGCUACCGGUACUCUUCAAUAGAGGACCAAUUUAUGAGCUUAAGGUCUCUGCAGCUCCUCCUGAGUUACCGUGUGCCUCUUGGCUGUUUCUCUGAAUAAUACUAGUCCAGUUAGAAAGAGUUUUAAAACCUAAUCCAGUUUUAAACUUCCUCACCAUUCAUCGCUGGCAGGUCUGCUGUGGUCCGUGGUCUUCGUGUUCGUUUUCUGUUGGUCGCUAACAAACAUCUGAAACCUUCACAACUCAACUUUAUUUAAACUGAGGUCAAGUUACACACAGGAUAACUCUUCAGGACUUGAUAAAGCAAUCAGCUGUUCUGGAUCUACUUAAGAGGAUCAGAGUAAAUGGGACUCAAUGCAAAUGAACACCACACUUCUUAGAUUUUAAUUAAAAAAGACAAUUAUUUGCAGUCUGUGGUUGUAAUGUGGGAAAAUGUUAAAAAGAUCAGCUGCUAUGGAAGAAUUUGCAGAGCACCAUAUAAACUAGGCAUGAUGGAGAAUACAGUCGGAGAAAAGUUGUGAAUUCAGGAACAAAAAGUGAAAUAGGUUGAAUUUUUUUCUGAAAUGAUCAAACUACUGGUAAGUGACUUUGCUGAUUUUGUAGACAGACAUUUGUGGGUAUAAUUUUCUAAAAUUUCAUCCUUCUUUGAGACAUUUAAAGAUGAGAAAAAUGCAGCAUUUCUUUUUCAACAAUGAGGUUGAUAUAAUUGAAUUGCAAAAACUACCCUGUGAUUUUUUUGUUCCAUUUAACUCCUCCCAAGAAAAUUAAAAGGUUUUUUUAUACAUCAUGCCUUAUUUUUUAGAAUUUAUCUUGGUUUUCUCAAUAUAUAUUUUUUUUAAUUUAGUAUUCCAGGGUUAUUUAGAAACAAAAGUCUUUCCACCACCUCAUGUAACUUUGAAAGCUGCAGCUUCAAGCAUUGCUGCAUAAAUCCACCAUCAAAUUGUUCUUACUGUAAAUACUCAAAACGUACCUAGUUUAUUUUCAUAAAACUAUCCAACUUAAGUUUUAUGCAGUUCUUUAUUACGUUCUUGAUAUGAUACUUGAGAACUCAGAUAAUCACGUCCCUUUAGUAAAAACCAUCUAGGACCAAGUUUGAAGAGCUCGUGUGCACAUUUCAUUUAUUUUCUUCACAUUUAUUUUUAUCCAGGGACCAAUAUAUAUGAGGUUUGUCAUCUGCUGUACAUUGUUUAUUUUUCAGAGUUUUCCAGGCAGGUUCUCCAGACGCAUAAAACUCUAAAUUAAACCAGACUAAUGCACCGACACAUACUCUCGAUGUAAAAAAGAGAUGAACAGGACCAAAAUACCCUCCUAUUCUUCACACCAAAAUAACUGUGCAAGCAUGACUAUAUUAUUCUGGGUAUCGUGUUGACAUCUGUUUUAAAAAUGAAGUAUCAAGCACAACAAUUUGUUGUAUAUAUUGGUGUGUUCAUUAUUUCGGGGGAAAGUUGUGUCUAUUUUCAUGACUGCAUGUUUACCUGCCAGAGAAAAGGUGCUAUUUUUAAAGGUAUUUUUAUACUGUGUGUUGAAGGUGUAAGCUUGUGUUUUUGUGGUAAAAAAAAAUAAAUAAAAAUAAACCUGUCGGUGUUCAACUGUGUAUUUCUAAUAAAGCAAAUGUUUCAGUGG